CCUCCUCCUCCUCCUCCUCCUCCUCCCGCUCCCCCUCCUUCCGUUGCCAUUUUGGCUCAAGUCCGUCCCCUCCGUGGGAUCUCGGGCUUGGGCCGAAAUGAGUUCCACAGCUAUUUCGCCCAAGGCCCCCUGGCCGAGCGCCGCGCCGCCAGCGUUUGAGGCCGUCGGAUCCAGAUGUCCACGCGAUGGCGCCUGCUGCCUCUGCUGCUGACGCUGUUCGUCAUGCCGCACCGCAGGAGAGCUGACGCUCUACAUCGCCGCGCAUGCCAAGCUGUGCAAGGCGGUCGCGGCCCAGCACGCGUUGGCCAGCGCCAGACUCUUCAACUACACGUUCUCCUUCCACACGUUGCUGCGCCUCCAGCCGCCUUGCGGGUGAUCACUCCGCUGGGAACUUGCAGGGGCAACGAGCUGCCGCUGGUCGCGAACUUCCUGCAACUGAUUCGCGGGCGUCCUCCUGACGUUGCCCAUGGUCCUGAAGUUCGGCUUCACCGACGCGAAGAGGCAGAUGAUGCACCAGCCCAUGAUGAUCCUGCUCGUGCUGCUGCCGCCGAGGGCCGCCAUCUCCGCGACACCAAUCCGUUCUUCUGCAUGUGCAACCCGUUCAUGAAUCCGAAGUCCGCCGCCCGGUGGGUGGCCUGCCUGACCUCCUGCAAGCUGUUCCCGCUCCUGACGCUCGCGCUGACACUACCGUCGGCGCUGAUGGUGUUCUGCAUUCCCGACCCGUUCAACGAUCCGAAGUCCGCCGACUUGCUGAUGGCCUGCAUGACCCACUUCUCGGCGUUCUCCCUGCUGGUGCUGGUGACGCUCCUGCUUACGUCGCUGGAGACGGCGCCCCUGAUAGUGCUCUGCAUGAAGCUGCCGCUGCUGAACCCCGUCGUCGUGCUGUUGGUGUGGCUCUUACUGCUCUACGUCCCCUUGUACGGGUGUUCGAGACCACCCUGUCCACGGAGAGCGACCAGUACGUCGGGGCGCCGUCCGCAGGCUCAGAGUGCAACACGGAAUGCCCUAUGACAGGCCAUCCGAGUUCCACCCUUUCCAGGCCAUCCAAGGUUGUUGGGACUGGAGAGCUUGACUAUCCACAGGAAGCUCUGCAUGAUGUUGCUCGUGCCGCCCCACAGCCAGGAGUGGUUGUCGCUGCUCGUCCCGUCCGUCCCCCAGAAGAGCUGCAUGAUGUGGCUCGUGCCGUCCUGCCGCCUGGAGUGGCUGACGCGGCUCGUCUCGACCAUCCCGAAGCAGCUCUGCUUCCUGCUCGUGCCGUUCCGGACGCCGGGAGUGGCUAGCGCUGCACAUCACGACAACCACGAAGAAGCUCUGCACGUUGUUGCACGUGCCGUCCCGCCGCCUGGAGUGGCUGCUGCGGCUCGCCCCGACCACCCCCACGGAGUGGCGCAUGAUGAUGCUCGUGCCGCUUUGCCGCCUCGUGUGGCUUCUGCUGCUCGUCAAGCCAUUCCCGAAAAAACUCUGCAUGCUGAUGCGCGUGCCGUCCCGCCGCUUGGAGUGGCCGACGCGGAUCGUCGUGACCAUCCCGACGACGCCCUGCAUGACUGGCCAGCUCCUGGCAUGCCGUUCCUUCGCCGCUCGGACUUUCUGCAACUACGUGUCUGCAGUACGACUUUCGCUUGCAGUGUCGAUGAUCUGUUGCAGCGUGCUGCUGAGCGCCAGCAUGAUGAUCGUGGAUUCUCGCCGCUCGGAGUGGCGUCUGAGGCCCCCGCCCGCUUUUGUAGCAAUGUGCCCCCCGCCCCGCUCGCCUCUUCCCGCUUGUCGCCCUUGUCUCUGCCUCCCAUCCCCGCGUUUCCCGCAUUUCAGCGCACGCACGAAUGCACAUCCGCUCUCCGCGUGUCUGGCCCCGCGCUCCACGCAGCGCGCGGGUUGCCUGUGCGCCUGAGCACCACCACAGCUCACGUAUGGAAGUAGAGGGCGGCGGACUCGGGCGGGACUUCUUUCCUCUUCUCGCGUCGUGCCCGCUUGCCCUCGUCUCUUCCUCUUUGGGUACUUGCACUCCCGCUCCCCC